AUGACAGAGGGAAACUCUUCCAAUUUUUUUAAAAAUAUAAUUGGGAACCAGGUAUUGAUAAAAUUGAACUGCGGAGAAGAGAUGAAAGGAGUCCUUGAAGCAUUAGAUGGAAAAAUGAACGUCGCACUAAGAGAUGACAUAGGACUCGUUAUCAUAAGAGGAAACAACAUUCUUUAUAUCACAAGAACAGAAGCUCCUGCACAAAAAUCUAAAUAA